GGAUAGAUGACUAUAAAAGCGGCGAGUUUAAAGGAUUAGCAUGCAGUGCAUCCUGAGAAGAUCGAAUUCCGUCAUCAUGGCAGUUCGUGCUCUUAGUCUAGUGCUCCUGUUUACAUUUGUCACGGUCAUCUUCGGAUUGCCGACUUCUAAAUUAGACGACUCGAGUAACGCUGAGACAGUUGCAGCAGUUACAGAAAAACCGGAAGAACAGGAAGAACAUACAUUGUCACUCGAGUUGCAACCACCUUUUUUAGAUCGUAGUCGUAGAGACGUAAACGUAGAAACGAUACCUAACACAUUAAAGUCAGCUGUAAAUACUCACGAAGAACACACAUUGUCGACCGAGUUGCAACCGCCGCCGGUGCCCUUAGAAGAAAGGGAACAUCAUGCUAUAAUCUAUAUAAUUAAUCUAUAUGCUGUAAAAAAUGGUAGCAGCAACGUAUCAGAGGAAAUGUUCCAAAAUGAAGUCGUAAAAACGAUACCUGAUAUAUUGGAGCCGCUGGUGUCUGUUCUCCUAGUAGUAGAAGAUGAUGAUGAAAACGAAGAGUUAGAAAAGCCUACACCCGUUGACCUCGACGAAUUUGCACAGGGAUUGGAAGGCCAAGGUUUCAAGGUCGACAAGAUCGAUCUCGACAACAAGGCGAAAGUGCUUAAGAUGAAAUUGGAAAAGGCGGAGGCGCAAAGUAUGAUAGACUCGGCUUUGAAGGAAAAGAGAUACCGUCAAAAGAGGACCAUCUGUUUUAAAUGCGGAGGAGGUGGAUGGGGAAAACCGAAAGCAGUGAUAGUACCAGUUGUAGUCGUACCUAUUACAGGAGGGCGUCGUCGUCAUCAUGGAGGCUACGGCGGCGGCGGCGGCUGCGGAAAUCGUUGCGGUGGUGGUGGUGGAUACGGAGGCGGAGGCGGAGGUGGAUGGUCUCAAUCUUCCGCGUCGGCCCAGGCUUCCUCUUCUUCUGGAGGCUACGGCUGGGGAAAAAAAUAAGCAGAAUAUACAUAAUCACGUAAACGUGUUAAUUGCCAUUAAUGAUUUAUGCUGCCUUCAUGUUAAUGUUAAUACACGCAUACAGUACAAAAAAAAGUUAUAAAUUCUCCGAAUAAACCAUCACGAAUAAAAACUUUGCGAGUAUUAACAAUAUUCGAAAAUGGCUUUAAAAUUUUAUAACGUAAAGCGUCUCCUCUUCAUUCGUUUUGUAUAAUAGACACUUGUACUAGCGCACGGUGGCCGCGAAUAAAUAACAAAACAGGUUUGGCUUUAACAAAAA